AUGGAGAAUCGCUCUGAGCUCGUCUUCUUUCUUCAGGGUCUGAAUGACUCUCUGACAAACCGUCAGAUAUACUUCUCCUUUGCUCUGAUCACGUACCUCCUCACGAUCUUUGUUAACCUGACACUCAUCGUGGUUGUCUGCUUGGAGAAGUCACUCCAUGAGCCCCUUUACAUCUUUCUGUGUAACCUUUGUGUGAAUGGGAUAUGUGGGGCGUCCAGCUUCUACCCAAAGCUCCUCCAUGACCUUCUGGCUGACUCCCAUGUCAUCUCAUACAUUGGCUGCCUGUCACAGAUUUUUGUGGUUUAUGCUUACGUGUUUGUUGAGUUCACCAGUCUGACCGUUAUGGCAUAUGACCGCUACCUUGCAAUCUGUAAGCCACUGCAGUAUCACACACUGAUGACGACGUGGCGAGUGGCGCAGCUGUUGCUUCUCACCUGGAGCUUCUCUCUGCUGGAGAUCUCAGUGGGAGUCGCCCUGACUGCCCGCCUGCCGCUCUGCGGACGCCACAUUCACAAGUUCUUUUGCACUAACUGGGAGGUCGUGAAGCUGUCAUGCUCCGACACCAUUGUCAAUAACAUCUACGGCUUUGUGCUCAUGUUCUCGCACGUCUCACAGACCGUGCUCAUCCUGGUGUCAUACACGCACCUGGUCUGUGCCUCACUGCGCCUGCGCUCCAACCGUAGGAAGUUCGUCCAGACUUGUCUGCCACACCUCAUCACACUGCUGGUCUUCACUGGCUCACUGGUCUUUGACAUCAUGUACUCUCGUUACAGCAGCAGCAGCAGCAAGCUGCAGACGCUACACAACAUGCUGGCCGCAGAGUUCCUGGUGGUCCCUCCCCUCAUCAACCCUGUCAUCUAUGGCAUAAACUUGCACCAGAUACGCUACAGGAUCCUCCGCAACUUCAGUGUCAGACCAGAAACUCUAAAACCUCAUCCAUGA